CUCCUCCCCGUUCUCUGCAGUAACAUUCAUCUCCCCUUCCUCCCGUUCCGAGCUCCCCGUCGCUCUCCGACUCCGCUCCCCCGCUCCCCUUCCCUUUCCAACGUCCCAUCUCGAUCCACCCCGGUCGCGGCCACCAGAUCUCUAUGCUUUACCGCACCCCGCGCCCACUCAGCGCGAUCGCCCGCUAGCUCCAUCGGUCGCUGCUACGAGCUGCUAGCUCGCAGCUGCGCUUCUGAGUUCUGAUCCUUCUUCUUGCUCCCUCACUCGCUGGCUCGCUUGCCAGCUCCCUCUCGUAGCUACCUGCAUGGAUCCAUCGGGGCCUGGCCCGUCGUCGGCCGUGGGAGGAGGAGGAGGCGGCGGUGACGCGCCGGCCGUGGCGCCGCAGCGGCCGGCGCAGCUGAGCAGGUACGAGUCGCAGAAGCGGCGGGACUGGAACACGUUCCUGCAGUACCUGCGGAACCACCGGCCGCCGCUGACACUGGCGCGGUGCAGCGGCGCGCACGUGAUCGAGUUCCUCCGGUACCUGGACCAGUUCGGCAAGACCAAGGUGCACACCGCCGGGUGCGCCUACUACGGCCAGCCGGCGCCGCCGGGGCCAUGCCCGUGCCCGCUGCGGCAGGCCUGGGGCUCCCUCGACGCGCUCAUCGGCCGCCUCCGCGCCGCGUACGAGGAGAGCGGCGGCACCCCCGAGUCCAACCCCUUCGCGGCCCGCGCCGUGCGGAUCUACCUCCGCGAGGUGCGCGACUCGCAGGCCAAGGCGCGCGGCAUCCCCUACGAGAAGAAGAAGCGCAAGCGCGCGCAGCAGGCCGCGGAGGCAUCGUCGAGCUCGUCGUCCGCUGCCGCUGCCGCCGGAGGGAGCGGGGGCGGCAGAGCUGCAGCCGCGACCGCCGCUCAGGCUGGAGGGAGCAGCGCCGCUGCACCGAACACCACUUGAUGAGUACAGUAGACCUGCAGAUCUUGCUUAAUUAUCGUCUCCGCAUCGCAAGAUUUGAGCUUUCCACUACUUUCGAUCGCUACAUAUGCUUCAGUUGCUUCUUGCGCAUUUCGUCCUUUCGUCGUAGCUUGUUUUUGGAUUCCCAUUUUUUUUCCUGAUCUUUUAGGUCGGUAUAUGGCUAGAAAUUGGAGUAAAGUAGUAGAUGAAUUGGGAAGUGGGCGGAUUAAUGGGUGCACCUGUGUGUUCAUGAUCUGAUACACACACAUAUAUAUCCUUUGUAAAGCAAUGAAGAUUUGAGGCCAUGUUAAUGGCUUCCUAGCUACAUACGGAGUGGCUUGCUAAUAACAUUUCAUCUCACUCUCCCAAUCA